GAUGCAACAGUGGUGCAACAGUGGUGACUGGACUUGGCAGUGAACCAGAGCCCAGCCUCCUGACCCCUGCUGACCCAAGUGCCCUGGGGCUUGUCCCUAGCUGGCCACACCUCUUGAGUGCCCAGAGUGCCAGCCCCCUAACCGGGGUUGCAUUUUAGGGAUGCCAGAGGCCAUGACGUCUUUGUCAGAGCUGACACCACCUCACCUGACCUCCCUCUGGAAGGGACAGGAUUGUCCCCUCUCAGACAAGCCAGUCUGGGCCCUGAAAACUCCACGGUGGUGAGGAAUUUCCCUGUUGAGGGGGGUUCCCCAGGCCUGGCUAACCUGAUCCUGACCCUGUGUGCGUGUGGGGGGAGGGGUAGGAGGGGCAGGGAGUUUGAACUCUGAACCCAAGACAGGCAGGGGCCUGGAUCCUAAGACCCUCCACUCAGCUUCCGGCCCCCCUGAGGGCUAAAGUUUUCCCUGGGCCUGUGGGAGAUGGGCGGGGCCUCUCCAGCCGGGCUCCGGUUUCUGUGGAAACCCACAGGCUUCCCACCCACUGCCGCCUGGGCAGGCUCCCAGCUGGGGCCUCAUCCGCCGUCAGCCUCUCCUCCCCAGUCCAGUCUGCUCCACCCUCAGCCUCUCUCGGCCCCCUCCCUGAGUCCCCACCCCUAGCCCAGUCUCUGGCCUCUGAUGCCUUCUUAAGGAACCUGGGCCUCUCCUGCCCCAUCCCUAAACUUUAGCUUCCCAGCAAACAGGCUUCCCAAGCUCCUGCCCCUCCCUCUCAGGCCUUUCUAGUCUCCACACCAGCUGCUAGGCCUGGCCAGGCCUCCUGCUCCUUCCCACCUACCGCCUCCCACAGACCAAGAGACACCAGGCCUCCUACCUGCUUCUUCCCCUGCCCCGCCCCCAUGGAGCCCCCGGGACUGGUUGUGCACGGGGAGGCUGCACCCUUUUCCACAGCACUCCGGAGCCUUCUCAACAAUCCCCAAUACAGUGACGUUUGCUUUGUGGUCGGUCAAGAACGGCAGGAGGUGUUUGCCCACCGGUGCUUGUUGGCCUGUAGAUGCAACUUCUUCCAACGACUUCUGGGCCCAAAGCUGGGCCCCGGGAUGCCUAGCCCCGUGGUGCUGAGUGCGGUGCCAGUGGAGGCCUUCCUGGCAGUGCUGGAGUUCCUGUACACCAACAGUGUCAGGCUGCGCCGCCGCUCUGUGCUGGAGGUGCUGACGGCGGCUGUGGAGUAUGGGCUGGAGGAACUGCGAGAGCUGUGCCUGGAGUUUGUGGUGAAGGUGCUGGAUGUGGAGCUGGUUUGUGAGGCCUUGCAGGUUGCCGUGACCUUUGGCCUGGGGCCGCUGCAGGAGCGUUGUAUAGCCUUCAUAGAGGCCCACAGCCAGGAGGCGCUCCGGACCCGCGGCUUCUUGGAGCUGUCGGCGCCCGCGCUGCUGCCCCUGCUGCGCAGCGACAAGCUCUGUGUGGACGAGGCUGAGCUCGUCCUGGCUGCCCGGAGCUGGGCGCGCGUGGGCGCGGCCGUGCUGGAGCGGCCUGUGGCCGAGGUGGCGGCCCCGGUGGUGCGGGAGCUGAGACUGGCCUUACUGGCCCCGGCGGAGCUGAGCGCCCUGGAAGAGCAGAACCAGCAGGAGCCGCUCAUCCCGGUGGAGCAGAUCGUAGAGGCGUGGAAGUGCCACGCUCUGCGGAGAGGGGAUGCAGCCCGGGGCGCCCCGUGCCGCCGCCGGAGGGGAACCCUGCCCCGGGAGCAUCACUGCUUUCUGGACCUGCCCUUUAAGUGACCAAAGGCCGCGAUUUGCGAGGAAUUCUGGCCUGUCCCAAACUACAGCUCCCAACAUGCCUGGCGCUCAGAGGGGGCUGUCGCCCCCAGCAUGCCCUGCGAGCCUGGAGCUGGAAGAACCCCGGUCCGCUUUGCGCCCCGCCCUACCUACGUCUUGGAGAUCUCUCUCCAAAUGCUGGACACUUCAGACUCCGUUCAAAAUUGAGCUGCCUUCUCAUCUUUCCCAAGUUCUGCCCCUAUCGUGUUUCUCAUCUACGUGGGUGUCUUUUUUUUUUUUAAUUUUUAAAUUUAUUUAUUUGACAGAGACACAGGGAGAGAGGGAACACAGGCAGGGGGAGUGGGAGAGGGAGAAGCAGGCCUCCGGCUGAGCAGGGAGUCCGAUGCGGGGCUCGAACCCAGGACCCUGAGAUCAUGACCUGAGCCGAAGGCAGACGCCUAAGGACUGAGCCACCCAGGCGCCCCUACGUGGGUGUCUUAAGCCAGAAACCUGCAUCUCAGCCUUGCCUUAUUCCUCUUUCUCACAUCUCCUUCCCGUGGCUUCCACCUUCUGAGAGACUGAAGGGUAGCAGAAUGUGCCAACCCAAAAGAUGCCUCUUUAAGGAUUAUUUUGAACUGACUAUUUUGAGAAACAGCGGAAGCUCUGGAAACAGUAGAAGUUACUCUUUUGGAAGGGAAAUUUAUAUUUAAAAAGGAAAUCUCCAUUUGUAAGGGUGUCUCAUUCUCUGUACCAGGAAAAGAAGGAUGAUGAACUCACAGGAGGAUUUUAGUGGAGAAGGCACCCCACUGAAAUCUGUUUAACAAACCUUAUCUUGUUUACUAUGCUUUUCUUGGUGGCUCCCCCAUAAGUGUCCUCCCUACACUUUUCUUUCCUCUUUAGCUUAAGAUGGUUUUUCAGCAGGUAUUUUAGGCUGCCUCAGGGAGGUACUCCUUUUUUCCCUGGGUAUCUGCCACGUACACAUGAGGUAUACAUGUUAAUAAACUUGUUUUUCUUUUGUUAAUCUGUCUCUUACUACAAGGGUUUCAGCCAAGAGCUCAGAGAGUAGAGGGAAAGUUAUUUUUCUUCCCCUAUGAGAUCUUUCCAGUUGGUUCAGUUCUCUUAGCUUUAGUUCACCCAGUCCUGUGUUCAGAAUGAAAGUAACAAGCUCUCUUUUUUUUUUUUUUUAAGUUUCUUAUUAUUUGUUUAUUUGAGAGAGAGGGAGAGAUAGUGACAGAGAUAUUGAGAGAGAGCACAAGCGGGGAGGAGAGGGAGAAGCAGGCCCCGGCUGAGCAGGGAGCCCGAUGUGGGGCUCAAUCCCAGGACCCUGGGACCAUGACCUGAGCCAAAGGCAGAUGUUUAACCGACUGAGCCACCCAGGCGCCCCAUAACAAGCUCUUAAUAGUCUUCCUGCCUUCACUCCAGCGCACUGCCUCCGUGCCUGCCAUGCCCCUCUUCCUGCCAUUUCCCACACAGCAGCCAGACUUAAGAUGUCAGCCCUACUCCCCUUAUGAAGCCACUCAACAUCCCCAUUGCUCUCAGGACAAAAUACACUAGUUCACUCUCAGGAUGCUCAGAAUUACUAGUGGUAACUCUUCUCUCAGCUACUACCUUUGCAUUAAAUCACUGGUUCUGAAGGCAGUAUCCUCUGGCUGUGCAUUCACUCUCUUAUUUAUUGAAGACUCCCCAUGCCACCCUUUCAUUCAGUAUACCUUUUGUCUUCCUGAGGAUCUGAUUCUCCCUGAAAGAUCCCUGGGCCUAGAGUGGUGCCUUAUUCAUUUCUUGUUCCCCAGUCCCUGUCACAUCAGUGCUCUGUAAAUGUUCAGUGAUGACUUUAUUUCCUUAUUUAAAUACUAUUUUAUUCCAAAAAGCUAUAAAACAAGACACUAUCAAUCUAAAACGAGGGACAGUCGAUUAGAAGAAAAUAAGGUUAAAACUUAUUUCUCCGGGAUUUUAUACAAAAAUAUGUUGCACAUGAAUUAAAGAUAGUUAUUUGGCAUUAUCUCUCAAGACUGAAAAUGUGGUUACUCAUAGUACCACUUCAUGGCAGCAUUGUUUGGAUAAUGAGAAUCAAAAACAAACUAGAUGUCCUGGUUUAACCUAGAAGACUGAUUAUGGUAUAUUCUUACCAUGAUGUAGAAAGAUAUCUGUGACCUUUGGAAAAAAGCUCAGUGCAGACCAAGUAGAGCACGAUUCCUUUUGCCAGAAGAAAAGGUAGUGUAGGGGAGGAAGUUUUCCUUUCCCCUCUUAGGGUCCCUUCUUGGGUCUGAAAAACUGAUAAAGACAGAUUAACAGGAGAAAAGCAUACAAAUUUAUUUCAGAUGUCUCAUUACGUAAUCUUUACAUCCAACGUGGGACUCAUACUCACAACCCAAGAUCAGGGGCGCCUGGGUGGCUCAGUCAGUUAAGCGUCUGCCUUUGGCUCAGGUCAUGAUCCCAGGGUCCUGGGAUUGCGCCCCGCAUCGGGCUCCCUGCUUGGCAGGAAGCCUGCUUCCCCCUCUCCUUCUGCCCCUGCUUGUGUUCCCUCUCUCGCUGUGUCUCUCUCUGUCAAAUAAAUAAAAUCUUAAAAUAAAAUAAAACAACCCCAAGGUCAAUCAAGAGUCGCAUACUCCCCGGACUGAGUUAGCCGGGCGCCCCAAUAUAAGUUUUAGUAAUAUGGGAGUCUUCAUAAGGAAAUGAAGACCAGAAGAAAUGGUUAAACCUGAGUAUUUUUAUGCUAGGUUUGAUGAAGAGUGGAUAGUCAUGAAGGAAUAUGAUGGUUUAAAGAGUAUGAGGUAGGGGCACCUGGGUGGCUCAGUCAGUUAAGCGGCUGACCUUAGGCUCAGGUCAAGAUGCCAGAUGGGCUCCUGUUCAGGGGAAGCCAGCUUCUUCUUCUCCCUCGCCCUCUCCCCCUGCCCCUCCCCCACUUGAGCGUGCACUCUCAAAUAUUUUUCAAAAGUAACAUUAAAAAAAACCCCAAUUUC